GUCCCUGCCCAUGGGUUCUACUUCUAAAUCAGUUGUGGAUUUAAUAGAGGCCUCCUCAGGGGUUCAUUUUUCUGGAUUUCACAUGGACUCUUUGGAGCAAGGAGUUAAAGAGAUGGAACUUACAACAGCGUCAGCAACCGAAGAAUUGCAUAAACAGCCUUUUGUCAUUGGGGUUGCUGGGGGAGCGGCAUCUGGUAAGACAACAGUUUGUGAUCUUAUUAUUCAGCAGCUUCAUGAUCAACGUGUUGUUCUUGUUAACCAGGAUUCCUUUUAUCAUAAUUUGACUGAGGAGGAACUUAAACAAGUACAUGACUACAAUUUUGACCAUCCUGAUGCUUUUGACACUGAGCAACUGUUGUGUGUUAUGGAGAAGUUGAGGCAUGGACAAGCAGUUGAUAUUCCAAACUAUGAUUUAAAGAGUUACAAAAACAAUGUAUUUCCAGCAAGAAGGGUAAACCCUUCAGAUGUUAUACUUUUGGAAGGCAUACUCAUCUUCCAUGAUCAGCGUGUUAGAGAUUUGAUGAAUAUGAAGAUAUUUGUUGAUACAGAUGCUGAUGUUCGUCUAGCAAGGAGGAUACGGCGGGAUACUGUUGAGAAGAGUAGGGAUAUUGGUACAGUACUUGAUCAGUACUCCAAAUUUGUGAAGCCUGCUUUUGAUGACUUUAUCCUACCAACAAAGAAGUAUGCUGAUAUCAUUAUUCCUCGAGGGGGAGAUAAUCAUGUAGCCAUUGAUUUGAUUGUACAGCAUAUUCGUACAAAGCUUGGUCAGCAUGAUCUCUGUAAAAUAUACCCUAAUUUAUAUGUCAUUCACUCAACUUUUCAGAUACGGGGAAUGCAUACCCUCAUACGUGAUGCUCAAACAACGAAGCAUGACUUUGUUUUCUAUGCUGAUCGGUUGAUCCGUUUGGUUGUUGAACAUGGCCUUGGACAUCUUCCAUUUACCGAAAAGCAAGUGAUCACUCCAACUGGGUCUGUGUAUACUGGUGUGGAUUUCUGUAAGAGGUUGUGUGGUGUCUCAGUUAUCAGGAGUGGUGAGAGUAUGGAGAAUGCUUUGCGAGCAUGUUGUAAAGGUAUCAAGAUUGGGAAAAUACUUAUUCAUAGAGAAGGUGACAACGGUCAGCAGCUAAUCUAUGAAAAGUUGCCUUCGGACAUCUCAGAAAGGCAUGUAUUACUAUUGGAUCCUAUCCUAGGGACAGGAAAUUCGGCUGUUCAAGCUAUCUCUUUACUUCUAAGGAAGGGUGUACCAGAGUCCAACAUUAUUUUUCUUAAUCUCAUAUCAGCACCUCAGGGUGUACAUGUGGUCUGCAAAAGCUUCCCAAGAAUAAAAAUUGUCACUUCUGAGAUUGAGAUGGGUCUAAAUAAUGAUUUCCGUGUCAUUCCUGGCAUGGGUGAGUUUGGCGACCGAUAUUUUGGAACGGAUGAUGACGACCAGCAAGUGGUGGCCCCUUCACAGUAGUUCCAUUGAGGCUGCUGAUUAGUCCAAACCCCUCAUUUUGAGUUUAUCAUCAGCACUAAAGUGUGGAUAAACAGCCGAAUUUGCUUAAAUCAUAUUGUGCUGGUCCAGGUCAUUCAGAAUUUUGAAACAAUUUUGACUCAAUUGAAACUUAGAAAGUAUCUUCUUUUUAUUCCACACUUUUUUUACUUUGUUUUUAGAAAUCCGGGUUCCCUUGGGGUGUUUGGCUGCAAGCCCUUUUGUGUUUAUAAUAUGACAUUACAACAUAAAUGUAUUGGAUAGCAAUUUAUUACAGUAGGCAGUUGGAAAUUUUUUUUGCUCUCAGACUGUUUUAGAUAGUCAACCCCCAAUAAAAACUUGCCUUUAUAGGGGGAGAAAGUAUAAAAAAGUAAUCUUUACUGUCACAAGUUGAAACUGAUUAAUGGCCUUCCCAUGAUAUAUGUAUUUGUGAACCCAGAUAUUUACUUAAUAAAAUUCUUUGUUGCUUCA